AUGUUUAUUUGUAACGUUUCGGGAAACAGGUGCCCCUGGGGCAUGCUGUUUAGAAACCUCCUCAGGCUGUUUUGUAAUUAAUCAAGUCUGAACAGCUCUUUUGUCGAUGCUGAUUACUAUAAUUAAAAGCUAAAAUUGAAAGUGGAAAUCGUAAAUUUUUCAUUACUGACUUGACAGACAUCUGAAAAAGACGGGAAAAGCAGCACUGCCAAAGAAUGGAUGUUACUCGGAUUGUGACUGUUAUGGUGAUUGCUUUUGCAUGCACCUGUGGACUUGAUGCAGCUACCAGACCGAUUCCCUUUUCCAAUUCCAUACGAGUGAGACUCUGGGUGUACUCCGGUUCAAGUGAUCCGUCCUGGAGAAUCUCGCAGUCCAGCAGAUUUUAUCGCAACAUCUCCUAUAUGAUGAGUAUCCCUACGCAACAACCGCCUACUACAUUAUCUCGACUUGGGUAUAACGGAUUCGAUGUGAAAAUGCCUGGAAGACGAGUGACAAAAAUUUACGCCAAAUCCAACCCACCACUGGAAACCCUGUUACUGUUAACUGGAAGACGGUACAUUGAGAAAGACAUAUUCAACUACGUCCUAGCUGACAUUCAUGGACAAAACAGAGGCUAGUUCUGGUGCAAAGCACAAUUGUUUUCAAGACAGAUUGAUCGUCGAAGUUGUCAAGUGUUCACUGUGUAAAACGUAUGCACAUUCAAAUAAAAGAGAAUUGAUU